AUGAGCUCAAAGCACAUCAGCGCAAAAACAGAACCAUCAGCUGUUCCGAGGCCUCACGACUGUAGCAUGCUUUCAGACAAACUGACGGGGUACAUCAACUUGCCGAAAGUGGACUUCUCGUUACAAAUUAAACAAUGCUGGGGCGAUCGGGUGAAAUCCACCGAGGAAUCUUCUUCAAAAGCGUGUUCUGGAGAAAAAGAUGUAAGCAAGCUGCUUACUUCUGUUACCCCUCUUGUCGAGGAUGGUCUUUUUGUGUUCACAACGUCACCAGAUGCCAAAAAUUGCGAAGGUGUCAAAAUGAUUUUUCACGAAAGGGAAGCGGCAACUGUAAUCCUUCCUUUGGACGUUGCGAAGUUGAAGGGGCUUGAGUACACGUUUCCCUCAAAGCUGAUAACGUUGAACAUACACUCGAGUCUUGAGGCAGUCGGAUUCAUAACGGAAAUCAGCAGGAAGCUCACCGAUUUGAAAAUACCAUGCAACGUUGUCGCCGGAUACUACCAUGAUCAUCUCUUCGUUCCUGAGCCGAUGCUGGAGGAUGCUCUUUCUGUGUUUCCCAAUUUCAAAAACUGA